GAUCAGGGAGGCCGUCCGGCCGGUCAGAGCCGCCAGUCGGCCGGCGACCGGCGACCCGGCCGCGCCCCAGGCGCCCUCACCUCGACAGAGGCGCAGUGGAGGGUCACCGGACUGGUCGGCAGAGGCGCAGUGGAGGGUCACCGGACUGGUCGGCAGAGGCGCAGUGAGGGGCCACGUGACCGAGCUACCGGGAGUCGGUGGCAUGUUCCGUGACUUAUCUGUGACAAUUCAGCCAAUGGUCACGUAAUAGUUCCGGCGCCUGUGACUCUAUGGGCGUCGCGGGACGCACUCACGGCUCUGUGGCCGUGCUCCUGACCUGCCUCUCAGUGGUGACCACGUGACCGGACUCGGCCUCUCCGUGGUGACCACGUGACCGGACUCGGCCUCUCAGUGGUGACCACGUGACCGGACUCGGCCUCUCCGUGGUGACCACGUGACCGGACUCGGCCUCUCAGUGGUGACCACGUGACCGGACUCGGCCUCUCAGUGGUGACUACGUGACCGGACUCGGCCUCUCAGUGGUGACCACGUGACCAGGUAGACGCCUAGCCUCUACUGUGCCGGCGCCAGCCUAUAACGAGUUACCGAGCCGACCGGCGUCUGGGUGAGGGCCUCCCGAGACGGCGAGCCGACACGGACAGCUUCAGUACGUCACCUGUGUGAAUCGCCGUCCGACACGAACAGCUUCAGUACGUCAGCUGUGUGAAUCGCCGUCCGACACGAACAGCUUCAGUACGUCAGCCGUGUGAAUCGCCGGCCGACACGGACAGCUUCAGUACGUCACCUGUGUGAAUCGCCGUCCGGCACGGACAGCUUCAGUACGUCACCUGUGUGAAUCGCCGUCCGACACGAACAGCUUCAGUACGUCAGCCGUGUGAAUCGCCGGCCGACACGGACAGCUUCAGUACGUCACCUGUGUGAAUCGCCGUCCAGCGGCUCCUGGGGUCGCCUGGUGCCUGGGCACUCCCUCGGGUCAGUGCAGGGCGCCCGCCGAGUAUACCUGAGCGGCCACCCGCAGCUCAGGCUGUCACGGUGCUCUGUGUUCGGAGGGGAACUGAGGGACCGUCCUUGGUGUCCGAGUCUCCGCAGAGAACCCGCAGGGAACGGUGCUCCGCGGCUCUGCAGCCAACUGCAGCUUGUGGCUGCCAGUGAGCACCUAGUCUGGUGGCGAGGACGUUCCAUCAACUGCACACAGAACUCUGUGACCUUCAAUAAGACGCCGUUUGUGACACCCUGUGAGAGCCCUGAGUGGUAUCCAGCGCAGCCAGACGAGCCAUUGGUCUCCGAAGCCAUGGGCUGUUGUGCGUCCAAAAACCAUCCGCUCAGCGGCCACCUGGCCAAGUCGGACUACAGACUCCCCGCGCUGUCCGACCUGUACAAGCUGAAGCGGACGCCACAGCCGCUGGAGCCGGACGGCGAGACGGACGGCUUCAUCUCGGCGCGGCUGUUCCACAACCUCUACUACAGCGGCUUUUACGCGCCGUACAUCUGCAACCCCGAGUACCUGCUGCUGCUGGACUGCAGGUACGGCUGGACUGCUGCUGGACUGCAGGUACGGCCGGACUGCUGCUGGACUGCAGGUACGGCUGGACUGCUGCUGGACUGCAGGUACGGCCGGACUGCUGCUGGACUGCUGCUGGACUGCAGGUACGGCCGGACUGCUGCUGGACUGCUGCUGGACUGCAGGUACGGCCGGACUGCUGCUGGACUGCAGGUACGGCUGGACUGCAGGUACGGCUGGACUGCUGCUGGACUGCAGGUACGGAUGGACUGCUGCUGGACUGCAGGUACGGCUGGACUGCUGCUGGACUGCAGGUACUGCCGGACUGCUGCUGGACUGCAGGUACGGCUGGACUGCUGCUGAACUGCAGGUACGGCUGGACUGCUGCUGGACUGCAGGUACGGCUGGACUGCUGCUGGACUGCUGCUGGACUGCAGGUACGGCUGGACUGCAGCUGGACCACUGGCGGAUCCAGACUUGCGUUGGGGGGGGGGGGGGCAGCUCAUGCAAGGAACCAAACCUAGGGUAUCCCCAAAUCCUGUUCUCUCAUCGGAUUUAGGCCACUUAUUUUUCGUCACAGCCCUGAAACGAUAAUUUUUUUUCAACAAAAAAAAAAA